GUCAAAGCCCAUGACAAACUGGGCAUGCAAGUUGUGUCACUUAAUUCACUUACUCCUUAUGAGAUGAAGCAAUUCACUCUUGAUCUUCUCAAGAACAUGAACCCAAAUGAUUCACAUAACAAAAGAAAUAGAGGAAAAGUUGUGGUGGAAUUGACAUUCGAACCUUUUCGAGAAGAAUUUGAGAAAUUAAGCGGAUUUUUAGAUGGCGAAGCAAAGCUCAAAAGCCCAGGAAGCUCUUCUUCCCUUGGUUCAUCCGGUGGCGGUCUUCUUUCUGUAACCGUUGAAGGUGCAGAAGAUGUUGAAGGAAAGCAUCACAACAAUCCCUACGCAGCUGUUUCUUUUAGAGGAGAGCGCAAAAAAACCAAGGUAAUAAAAAAAAGUAGAGAUCCACGGUGGAAUGAAGGGUUCCAGUUCGUGUUAGAUGAACCACCAGUUAACGACAUGAUACAUAUUGAAGUUAUAAGCAAGAGGAGAGGUUUCAGCUGGCAUGCUAAGGAAUCUCUGGGCCAUGUUGAUCUUAACCUCGCAGAUGUCGUGAAUAAUGGACGCAUCAACAAUGGAUUUAAUCUCAUAAACUCUAAGAAUGGAGUUAUCCACGUUGAGCUCAGAUGGAGCACCGUUUGACCGACAGUAAGGUUCUCAUUCAGCUGCUCCGACAUACAGCCUCCGAAGAUUGAAAAAUAAGAUUUUGAAGCUGGAGCUAAAUGGUUGUGAUGAAGCUGAUGGCGAUCCUGGGUGUAAAUUUCUUCUGUGCCUUUAUGUAAAUAAUAUAUAGUUUUUGUUCUUUAGUUUCGUCUUAACAAAUUUCCCUUUCAGAUAUCUGUGAUUAUUAUGGGCAGAAGUUGUAUUGCCAGAGAUGUCAUCAUAUUGUACAUAUGAAUGUAACACCACUGUCCAGUUUUCAGGUGUAAUUAACAAAAGUUGUGAGGAUACUGGAGCAGGUUUUACAUUCACAUCACACAAUUCUUAUUUAUUUACA